AAAAUUAGGAUUUUUCAACCUUCAGUAAGUAUACUCUGGGCGCAGCAGGGUGUAUGAAAAUAACCUGUUUUGCAGGCACUUUAGGAAGUGCCUGUAUAGCAGGUUAUUGUAGGCACUUCCUAGUCAUUGCAGGCGCUUUGAAGCGCCUACAAAUUACGUUUUUGCGGGCACUUUUAGAUUAUGCAAAGUUCAGGCAUUCCAGCCUACGCCCACUGGUAUCUUUCCCGACAUGGCAUUUGCAGGCCUCAUGCAGGCGCUUGCUUGAGCGCUGGAUAGGGUUAUGCAGGCACACAAAAGCGCCUGCAAUGACCUCAUUUAAGCGCCAGCAAAAGCUAGUAACCUUACCUAAGAUGAGGCUAGAUGACUUAGGUGCUGCGAUGGCGAUGCAGAUAGAUGUCUUCAUCCAUCUGCAAAUUAGAAGUUCACUUGAGUUUUGACAGAGCAUUGUUGUGUGAGACACUACAUUGCCAUGUCUUAUGAUCUCUUGUGCUAGGACUAGAUGAUAAAAUCUAGGUAGUUACCAACAAUGAAUAGAAAGCUCUAAAGUAA